AUGUUGUUUGAAUUGAACAAUGGCGUCAAGAUACCCGUGAUCGGUCUCGGGACGUGGCAACUGACUCCCGACGAAGUGUACAACGCCGUCACCGAAGCGUUGGCCGUUGGCUACCGUCACAUUGACACUGCGUUCGCUUACGGUAACGAGGAACCCAUUGGCAGAGCCAUUCGUGAUCUGGUGAUCCCUAGAAACGAAUUGUUCGUCACCACCAAGUUGUGGCUGACCCACCACCACGACCCCGCCAAGGCGUUGGACAUCUCGCUCAAGAACUUGGGGUUGGACUACGUCGAUCUCUACUUGGUGCACUGGCCGGUGGCGAUGAACCCCAACGGCAACGACCCCAAAUUUCCUUCUCGUCCCGACGGCACUCGUGACGUUGACGAACUGACUAACUUCGUCGAAACUUGGGCUAAGAUGCAACAGCUCGACCCGAAAAAGGUAAGAGCGAUCGGGGUGCUGAACAUGCUGAUCUCGAACUUGGAAAAGCUCUUGCUGGCGCCGCUGACGAAGGUGGUCCCCGUGGUCAACCAGGUGGAAUUGCACCCGCUUUUGCCCCAGCCCAAUUUGCUUAAAUGGUGCCAGGACCACAAGAUCUACUUGGAAGCGUACUCGCCCUUGGGCAGUACCGACUCGCCGUUGUUGUCGAACCCCACCAUUGUGGAGUUGGCCGAAAAGUACCAGGUACCUCCCGCAACCGUGUUGAUUUCGUGGGCGAUCUGGCGUAAGACCAUCGUCCUCCCCAAGCUGGUGACCCCGGCGAGAAUCAAGCUGAACUUCAACGUCGUCCACUUGAGCGAAGCCGACGGUAACAUCAUCGAUAAGGUCGCCCACGAGUACGGCACCAAGCGGUUCAUCAACCCCGACUGGGGCGUGAAGAUCUUCGAUGACGCCGACGCCUGA